UCUCAGGUCUGUCAUUAUGGCGUUAGAUCGUGGUAGAACCCGCAGCUGAGCAACAUUAUUACGACACAGCCUUUUCCUUACGGGAAGUGGGCGGUUCUAAACAAGAACCUCUGGAAGGGAUGUGACUUACUGGCUCCCCACAAUUAGGCAACUUAUUUCGGAAAGUGUAAAAUUUUGAAGCGCUUAAACAUGCUAAUUGUUUAGCAGCGGGUCUCGUGAACUUGAUCGACACGAUGUCUUCGGUGGUGCUGCAGUUGUUUGGAUUGGCUCUCCUCACCUCUGUGCUCCUUGCUGAACACGGCUAUGGCAACCAUCUGGUGAUUGCUCCACAGAGUCCAGUGGUCGAGAUAGGUACUAAUUUCACAGCUACGUGCAUGACCAUUAACACAGAUGAGGUCACUGCAGACGAUCUCUACUGGAACCUAUCAAUUUCAUCUGUUAUACCCGAACAAUACUACACAAAGAUCAAUGCAUCAGCCCUUGCUGUGACCGUCCCGAUCACCAGGGAAGAAUCGGAGUGGUUAUUUUGCCUCUGCAAGAAACGUUCCCCCUAUGUGGUACUGAAUAAAAGCAUAUUUACUCACGGGAUCUGGCUCACCAAAGGCUAUCGUCCAGUGAGACCAGAGAACCUGUCCUGUGUAGCAGAGCAGGAGAAUGACACCAUCUCCCCGUUUUUAAGCUGUAGGUGGGAAGUACUUGGUCCUCAAACCGAAGCUGUCCAAACAACUUACAAACUGAUGGUGGAAGUACUUCUUGGGAACACCUACAAUGUAACAACAACUCACAACAGGGCCCGUGUGUCUCUGGGCACCUUCCCCAGUCAUAUGGAACUGGAUGUUUGGGUGCUAGCACAUAAUUUACUGGGAACAAUAGAGUCUGAGCAUUUGAGACAGGAUGCCAAUGACUUGGUGAAAGCAUAUCCUCCAUCCAGUGUGAAAGUCAUUGCUGAGCAGGGUUUUCCCACUUCACUUCUUGUAAGCUGGGCUCAUCCUAUUCAUAAAACAAUAAUAAAACUGACUUAUCAAAUCCGGUUCUGCCCACAUGGAUCCCAUACCUGGAGCUAUUUACGUGUACCUCAUGCAAGUACAUACGACGACAAAACUUCCUUCAGACUGCAGAAUCUUCAACCAGUUAAAGAUUAUGUUAUUCAGGUGCGCUGCAAAUGUUUUAGGAGCAACCUUUGCCACUGGAGCAACUGGAGUACCAAUGUUACUGAAACAACACCAGAGGAUCGACCUACAAGUAAGCCAGAUUUGUGGCAGAUCUCUGGGAGGGGGAAGAGUGAAGAAGUGCAGCUCAUUUGUAAGGAUCCUGAAUUUUCCAAUGGAAGGAUAACAGCAUUUGGCAUAACAAUUCAGUACCACAAAAAUGGAAGUUUGGAGCGGGAGAUUAUCCCAGUUAACGAGUCCAGAGCAGACCGCAGCUCCAAUCAGAGGAGGGUCACUUUGCUUAAAAGGAUUUCCCUGGCUGACAAACCAUUUGUAAGAGUGUGUGUCAUUGCCAACAACUCUGUGGGGACAUCUCCAGAAGCUUGUUUGGGCAUCCCUGCAAAACCAUCUGAGCAACUAACAGUAAAAGACAUGAAGGUGUGGUCCCAGGAGGGUCAGAUGUUUGUGGAAUGGAAACAGCCCAACAACACAGCUGUAACUGAAUAUGUGAUCGAGUGGGUCAGCCAUGGAAAAAGAGACUGGCAGAGAGAAAACAGAAGCACCAGAGCAACUGUGAUUAAAGGGGUGCUUGACCGCUUUGUUUGCUACAACGUGUCAGUGUAUCCUAUACAGUUUGGAAGGAUCUGGAAGCCAGCAUGUUUAGAAGCCUAUCUGGAGCAAGGAGCUCCUUUACAGGGCCCUUCUAUUAGCAAGAGCAACCCAGCAUAUGAUAAGGCAGAGCUGGUGUGGGGUCAGAUUCCACUGGACAAGAGACGGGGCUUCAUCACAAACUACACAAUAUUCUACAGAAAAGAAGAUCAACUUCUUGAACCCAUUCAUGUCCCAGCUAACAUCACCUCCUACACUCUGACUAAACUGUCAGGCAACACCAAGUAUGAUGUGUGGAUCAGAGCUUCAACCAUCGCAGGCUCAGCAAACAGCUCCCAUCACUCAUUCAGCACUCUGAAAUAUGCACCAGGAAUGGUUGAGGGCAUUGUAGUGGGAGUGAGCCUCGGCUUUUUGUUCUUCGUUCUCAUGACUAUCCUGCUGUGCAUCUACAAGAAAGAUUUAAUAAAGGAGAACCUCUGGCCUCAGAUUCCUAACCCUGGAGAGAGCACCAUUGGAAACUGGUCUCCUGAUUAUCCUUUAAAGGCAGAAACUCCAAAGGAGAACUCUGUGUCUGGCGUCUGUGUGCUUGAUGUCGGAGUCUGUGAAGUAAAGCUUGGCUUUGAAGAGGACAAGACCAGUCUGUCUCUGAAGAAGGACAAAUACCUGUCUGAGGAGCACAGCAGCGGCAUUGGUGGCUCCUCGUGCAUGUCCUCACCUCGCCAGAGUGUGUCUGACAGUGACGAGGGCCCCGACCUUGCUGAUUCCACAGCCAGCACUGUGCAGUAUUCCUCUGUUGUGGCUUCCAGCGGUUACAAGGGGCAGACCCCCAGCUCCCAGUCGCAGCAUUCAAUUUUUUCCCGGUCUGAGUCCACGCAGCCGCUACUGGACUCAGAAGAGCACCCAGACAUGUUGGUGCAGGAGGGAUGCAGACAGGACCAGCAUUCUCUCAGACAAUCCUUAUUUACUCAUAGUGCAGAGAACCAGAAUACCAUUGAGUCUGAUGAUGUCAGUCUGCAAGGGGUGGAGCAGCAUGACUUCUGUCCGCUCAAAGAGGACGCUGAGCAGACCACAGAGUGGGACAGCCUGUCUGCUGCUGAUGGAGAGUCUACGAGACCAGGGUCCAGCUACAUGCCUCAGUUGGGUGGUUACAGACCUCAGUAAGAAUAUGUCUGACUAUAUCUUAUAUUUCAUUUCAAGCCUUUGACACAGUGAUAGAAAACUGUCCGACACUCAUUUCCUCUUCAACAUGUUUAUCGUGUGAGGCUUUAUAACGCUUUGUAACAUAUUGUGAAUGAUAGCCUGUAACAGUAAUGUAUGACUAUCAGACUAGACCACCCCCCAGUAUCUUGUCAAACUAAUGAGACUGCUGAAUGCUUGGAGUCUCCUCCGGACUGCGAAGAAGUUCAAACUGAAUCUGUUGUCAAAGAACAUAGAUGAGGCAAGAUUUUGUCAAACAAUUUUUGGCUGUGAGAUAAAAUGGCAGUUAGCUGUUAUCAGCAUUUAUGCAGUCAACCUGAAAACUGAUUUAACUGUGUGUUUAGCAGCUGUUCAUUUAGAGAAAACUGUAAUGAUACAGCUCUGCAAGCAUGACCACCACAAGGCUUUCCCACACAGCAGUGACACAUGUGACCUGUGUAAAGAGUCAAGGAUAGAGAUUUAUGGUGGGUUCUGUGUCUUUAGUAACCAAUCUGAACACUUCUGCACUUCUGAUGCCUUUUUAAAUAAAACACAGUCAUCAGCAUGUUUCCAGGUAACUAGUCAUUUCUACAGUAAACUCCAGGACCACAGGAAGGUGGAAGAGAAACCUGUUCCAGUUUCUGCCUGUUUUCAGCUGCAGGCUGAUCUCAACAAUGGAACAAAAACCUGUUUGUGGGAGCAGAUCAGCCAGACUACUCUUUUUGGAAAAAUGUGAAAGUGGCCUACAGCCUGUUCCGUUGCACCAGAGUGAAAUGGAGACUCCACAGGGCAGAGUGUUCGGUGCUCCUGGAACCAGAAACCGUGCAGAUCAUAUGAAACUGACAGUUAUGUUACAGAAAGAAGGUGGUGCUUGUUUAUCAUAUAGCUGCAGUUUAAGUGAAUACGUGUUAUCUUGAGGUUUUUAUAGAAACACAAAAACUACUAAUCAGAGAGCUAUAAUAAAACAUUAGUAGGAAUUGCUUGCAGUGGCCUAGCUGCUUGUUACUGACAGAAAAGUGCUAAGUGGACAUAUGUCUGUACUUCUGCUUAUUUCUUAAAUUUUUUCCAUGUUCCUUGCCAUGUUACCUUCAAUUGUUCUGGCUCUGAGCAUUUCUUCUGUUUGUUCAUGUCAGUUUCUUUCUGUAGCAACACUUCACAACAUGUACUCUCAAUGGACCCGACAGGACAAACUGUUUCAGUUGAUAUUCAAUUCAGUUUAAUUCCAGUUCAGUUCAUUUUUUAUUUUUGUGAUUUCAAUUCCUGAUUAAGACAAAUAUCUUUGCACACUGAAGUGUUAACGUAAUGUUCAGCUGAAACCUCUAUAAACUGCUGGUGAGGAGAUUGGCACUGCAGCAAACUCAGUUAGGGUUUGACCUUUUUCUUCUUCUUCUAUGCUUUCAACUCUGCAGAAAUGUUACCAUUUAGAGCUAGGUGUUAUCAUUUACAUCAUGUCUUUUUUAGCUUCAGUAUAUACCCUGCACUUGAAUGUGUAACCAAGUUAUCCUGUUAAAGUUAACCUGUACUGCAUAUCAAUAAAGUUUCUUUCAGAUGCCUA